AUGGUAAUUCAGACUGCCCUGCCCCUAAGUAGGACCCGUCAUGUUACCUUGGUUACAACAGUGUCCUCUUUGGGAAGGCACCCUGAUGUUGGUUCACUCUGGAAGAAGUCCUUUCAGGUGCUCUGUAAUUACCCCUUUCACUGUGAGAAGCAUUAUGUAAUGAUAUCUGAGGUGCACUAACAGUUUGUCUCAUCCUCUGUUGCCCAGGUGAUGGAGUUCCCCCAGCAUUCCCAACAGUUGCUGUCAGCUUUGUGCUCCCAGCGCCGGCGGGGCUUCCUUUGUGACUGCACCGUCCUGGUGGGCUCAUCUCGUUUCCUGGCUCACAGGGCUGUUUUGGCCUCUUGCUCGCCUUUCUUCCACAUGUUCUACUCAGACUCUCAAGGGGUCGGCGGAGGGAACAGCACCAGCAGCUCUGUCACACUCGACAGCGACAUCGUCACGGCUGCUGCAUUUGGCUUGCUCUUGGACUUUGUGUAUGAAGGUGUGCUACGGCUGAAUGAGUCUCCACCAGUGGAAGAUGUAUUGGCAGCUGCAAGCUUUCUGCACAUGAACGAGGUGGUGAGAGUGUGUAAAAGACGACUGCAAAGGCGAGGGCCUCUGGCUGAGGCAGACAGCACCCGUUCUGAGGAAAGCGCUGUUGCAAGGAGGGGCACAGAGACAGUGGGGGAGGGCAGGGGUGAUGGUGGAGCUGAGCCCAUGGUGGCCACGGCAGGAGAUCAUUUGAAUCCGACAACGGCGGCAUCAGUCAGCGCAGCAGAGAGGAAUCAGCUGAACUCAGUGAAGUCUGAACAGAGGACAGGUGGGGGGACAUAUAAAUCUAGAGCUCAGACUCCCUUGAGCCCAAACCUGGCAGAUACCACACAGCCUGGCAUGGACGCCCCUCCUCUGCCCCCAGGUGGAGAGCUGGCACUUGGGAUAACCACGUGCCAGUCUGAUCCUGCCUCAGGAGGUCACAUCAGAGUACAGGCUGGAGAUCAGGGAGAGGGGUCAGCACUCAGUCCAUGCAGUUCUACAGAGUCAUAUAGGUACAACACUUGUGAUUUUUCAUUGAUCUGAAUGUCAACCAAGAUAAUACAAUAGUAGCAUCUAAGGUCUCUGGCACUUCACAGAAAUUUAAGUCAACAAAUGGAAUUAAAUGCCCCAAUUUUUAAAAAUAAAACUUGAUUAAUUUAAUGAAUGUAAGGGACACUAUACUUUGUUUAUUUAGUGUUAUUUUUCAGUGUACUAAGAACCUUGUGCUGAUUUAAAAUGAAUAAUAAUAUACGAAUUUCACUUUGGGGAUCAGUGAAGUUUUUGUAUUGUAUUGUAAAACUAAAAUGUUCCUUUUUCUCUGUUUGUUUUAAGCCACAGCGGUAAUCAGCAGCCUUCCUCAUCUUCGUCGUCCUUGGUAACAGUGGGUCAGGCCAGAGGUCAGUCAGUGCUUUAUCUUCCCCACUCAGAAUCCAGCCUCUACCACAGCUCUGUUCAGCAAGACACACCAAGACUACUCACUGAAGAUUCCUUCAGGCAUCCCCUGGGAGACCAAAGAGGUGCAGCAGGUGGAGAACAGCAGAUGGUUGUGCUAAUCCAAACAUCAGCACCAUCCUCACGCAGGGAAACAAGCCAGACACACUCACAGCGGCAGAGUGAGUUCCCCCAGAUUCGAAUCCAGAGUGCUGUUUCGCUGCAACCCCAAAGUCUGGACCCCCACCGCACUCAGACUCAAACUUCAAAGGGACCUAAUGUGUUUGCAAGUGCUCAUCCUACAGUCAGACAUGAGCGAUCUCUUGUGGGUGGAGUGAGGACAGAUGAUGAAGAUAAUGAGAAUGUGAAAGUCAAGGUGGAGGCAAUUGUUAUAUCUGAUGAGGAGUUAGAGGAGGAUAAAGAAGAGAGUGCAGAAAGAGAACCGGUGAUGGAUAUAGAUGAUGAGUUUGAAGAUGACAUCCAGGAAGAGGACCUUAACAACCCUCAGUUUCUCUCCUCCCACUCACAAGGCCUCUUACAAAUGACCUCCAAAUCUAGUGACUACACCUUCCCCCUCUCUCCUGCCUCCUCCUCCUCUGGAGCUGGCCCUUCCUCCCAGGACACUUCUUCAACCUCCUAUGCUUCCUCCAUCAACCCUUCGUCCACAGCUCAGAAUCAGUCAGACCCUCCUGCGUAUUUCCAGGACUUCCAGGACUCUUUGGGAAACUUCGCAGACGAUGUACCCACAUGUGAAGCCUGUGGAAAGACUUUCUCUUGUACAUACACACUGCGUCGCCAUGCAAUCGUACACACUCGUGCACGUCCUUACGAGUGUCACUACUGCUACCGGAGCUAUACACAGUCAGGUGACCUGUACCGACACAUUCGCAAAGCUCACGAUCGCUCACUUCGCACAAAACGCACCAGGGCUGACUCGGACAUGUUAGAGCCUCCCCAACCACCGCCGCCACCACAAAUACCACCUCUCCUCUAA